UUUAACGAAUGGCUAGACUAUUAUGCUAAUAAUAUAACUAACUAUAGCUGAUAUAAUAUAACUAACUAACCCUUGCGGUAUUAAUUGGAAGUCUGAUGUUUUGGAGAUUUGGGACUAUAUUUCAGUAUCCAAUGCAUCUCAAUAAGAUGCGUUGCUUUAUUAGCUUCGUUCGACCAUUGAAGUUUGUUUCUUUUUUUCAUUUUUUACAGAUUACCUUUGGUGUUAACGUCACUCAAAUUCCUAGUUGUUAGGUCUUUGAUAUUUUAUUUAGUUUAGUCCCUUUUUUUAUAGACUAAACAAGAAAUUUUACACUUUUUUUUUCGAAAUUUAUUGUGAUUUUUGGUCAUUAACGUUAAAAUUUUACCUUGCUAUGUUUAAGAGGUCCGCGUUGAUUCUAAGCCGGUGCACACUGCCUUCCUUUAGUCGAAACCACCACCUAAAGGUUCUUGCAAACCUAAACAAUGAAGAAAUCUGUAAGCCCGAUGACCUUUCUUGUCAGAGGCCUAAGAGAUGCGGCGAUGGCUUAAUGGGAGUGAUUCAAGUCCAGAAACACGAAUGCUCUGAACUCGCCAACCCGAUGCAGCGACAGUUCCUUGAUGAUCUGGAGCAGCAACAUGGCCAAAGGAUAGGACCGAACCGGUGGUUAGUAGAAGAAAAGCCUGAAGAUCUCGAUAUAAUGAAGAGAACGAGUCAGAAGCUAGUCAGGGAAAUUACCAUGAAAGGUCACGAUAGCGAUGUAAAAAAAGUCUGCAAGGAACUGGCACAAAAAGAAAAGUCCGAAAAAGAAAAAUUAAAGCAAAAGUGCAGGGAACUGGCAGCUAGGGAAAAGUGUGAAAAGGAUAGACUUAAAAAGAAAUGCAAGGGAAUGAAGAAACAAGAAAAGAGCAAGAAAAAAGAUCCUUGCGAAGAAGAAGACCCUUGUGCGAAGAAAGAACCAUGCCCAAAAAAAGAUCCUUGCGCUAAGAAACCCAAAAAAGUUGACCCUUGCAAGAAAGAAGAUCCUUGCAAAAAAGAGGAUCCGUGUAAGGUAAAGAAGGUUGAUUGGAACAAAAAGUGCAAGGAAAUAGCAAAAAAGGAAAAGUGCAAAAAAUUGGCAGCGAAGGAAAAGAUGAAAAAAAUGGUAAAAAAGUGCAAAAAACUUGCCCAAAAGGAGAAAUGCAGAAAACGGGCCGAGAAAGAGAAAUGCAGGAAAAAGGCUCAAAAGGACAAAUGCAAGAAAAAGUGAACCCGUAGCAGUCAAUACGGAAACAAAAUUAAAUGACUUCUAAUAUAACUACUACCGGAUAAAAUAUGGAGUACUAUUUUUUCAAACAUGGGCUUAGCCGAUCUGGUUUUUCAACUCGUAUAUUGAGAAUGAAAAGCUUUAAUAAUAUUUUAAAUUAUAAUGAAAAAAUAUUUUUUUUUUACUUUUAGUUUAUCCUUU